AUGCACCGCCGACAUUUGAGUCGAUUCAAUCGUCAGCGCGUGGACUGGAUGAACGAUCUCGUCGCCGAGAUGUGGCCCUACCUUAACAAGGCCAUCAGCGAGCAGAUCAGGGAGAUUGGGACGCCCAUUCUCAAGGCGCAGCAGCCCGCGUUCAUUGAGACCCUUGAAUUCCAGGAGAUCGACCUGGGAACCAUCCCGCCUGCUGUCCUUGCCAUCAAGUCGUUUGACACAACGGAUGACGAGGUCAUCCUGCAGACUGCACUGCCUUUAUGGCCAUCAAGUCCCAUCAAGUCAUUUGACACCACGGAUGACGAGGUCAUCCUGCAGACCGCACUGCGCUGGGCGGCCAACAACAACAUUAUCGUCGCUGCCUCCGCCAAGGGCUUUACUGGCACCGUGCAGAUCACCGACCUGCAGGUGGCAGCAGUGACGCGCAUCACGCUCAAGCCGCUCAUGCCCAUCUUCCCCUGCUUCUCCACCAUCACCGUCUCCUUCAUGGAUAAGCCGCAAGUCGAUUUCGGUCUCAAGGUGGUGGGACUAGACGUCAUGGCCAUCCCCGGCCUCUACACCUACGUGCAGGUUUCAGUUGAGCUGGCAGGUUGUUUCACCUUUGAGGGACCACAGAGUCUCAAGGUGGUGGGACUAGCCGUCAUGGCCAUCCCCGGCCUCUACACCUACGUGCAGAAGACCAUCGGCAACGUAGCAGCAAGCAUGUACAUGUGGCCCAAGGUGCUUGAGGUCUACGACGACCAGCCGCUUCCGACCCCUACGUGCGCUUCUCCCAUUGAUGGACGCGCGCUGGGCCGCCGCAGCACGUCGGUCAAGAAGGACGAUUUGGACCCCGACUGGGGCAAGGAGGAGCUGCUGGUGCGCGUGGCGGAUCUUCAGAAGCAGAAGCUGCAUAUUGAAGUGUUCGACAAGUCCUUUACGUCGACUCAGCAGUUACCUCUUGUUGACCCCGACUGGGCCAAGGAGGAGCUGCUGGUGCGCGUGUGCAGACCUGCAGAAGCAGAAGCUGCACGUUGA